GUGCUGGCUGGGAGCUGCGGGGUGGCCGCUGAGGAGGCGGUGCAGGGACCGGAGACCGGCCGCAGGCUCAGGUGCUGAAAACUCACUGGAAACAUGGGGUCUGAAAACCCAAGUCCACAGAACCCUGGCUGUAAGAUCAUGACCUUCCGUCCCACCCUAGAGGAGUUUCGGGACUUUGGGAAAUAUGUUGCCUACAUCGAAUCGCAGGGAGCUCAUAGGGCAGGGCUUGCCAAGGUGAUUCCUCCCAAGGAAUGGAAGCCCCGAAAGACUUAUGAUGACAUCGAUGACAUGGUCAUCCCAGCGCCUAUCCAGCAGGUGGUUACUGGGCAGUCGGGGUUAUUCACCCAGUAUAAUAUACAGAAGAAACCCAUGACGGUGGGAGAAUACCGACGUCUGGCCAACAGUGAGAAGUACUGUACUCCUCGCCACCAAGAUUUUGAAGACCUGGAACGCAAAUACUGGAAGAAUCUGACAUUCGUCUCACCAAUUUAUGGGGCAGAUAUCAGUGGCUCACUAUAUGAUGCAGAUGUAGAAGAAUGGAAUAUUGGGAAUCUGAACACCCUGUUGGACAUGGUGGAGCAUGAGUGUGGGAUUAUCAUAGAAGGUGUGAACACCCCCUACCUUUAUUUUGGCAUGUGGAAAACAACAUUUGCAUGGCAUACUGAGGACAUGGAUCUCUACAGCAUCAACUACCUGCAUUUUGGGGAGCCGAAAUCCUGGUAUGCCAUACCACCAGAACACGGCAAGCGAUUGGAACGCCUGGCAAAAGGAUUUUUCCCAGGAAGCUCUCAGGGAUGUGAUGCCUUCCUUCGCCACAAGAUGACCCUCAUUUCACCCUCCAUCUUGAAGAAAUAUGGCAUCCCAUUUGAUCGGAUCACCCAAGAGGCUGGAGAGUUUAUGAUCACUUUUCCUUAUGGCUACCACGCGGGAUUCAACCACGGCUUCAACUGCGCUGAGUCCACCAACUUUGCCACACUGCGGUGGAUUGACUAUGGCAAAAUGGCUACGCAAUGCACUUGCCGCAAAGACAUGGUGAAGAUUUCCAUGGAUGUUUUUGUGAGGGUUCUACAGCCGGAACGUUAUGACUUAUGGAAACAAGGGAAAGAUGGUGCUGUUCUGGACCACAUGAAACCCACAGCUCUGACCAGCCCAGAGCUGGAUGCCUGGAAUGAGACAAAGCCUGAGCUGAAAGCUAAGCUGCUCCGCAGGAUGGGAGAUGAAGAAGAGGACAACAAACAAAAUUACCGGUCUCACAGAAAAAGAAGUCAACCCAGAAGGCAUAAAACAGAGGAUCAGAAGUCUCUUGGGGAAGUCAUAGCUAUGGAGACUGCCCUGGAAGAAGUCAAAAUGAAGGAGGAGCUGAAAAGAGGGCCAGACCUAGAUGAAGAAGAGAGAAGUAAAGUGACUGAGGGGGGAGAAGGAGACAGCAAGGUAAAGGGCCGUCCCCCAAAAGUAAAAGGCGAGAGAAAGAAGAAGCACCCUCACCAUCAGCACCACCACCAUCACAGUCAUCACCUGCAGCCACCUCAGCCCCCUUUGCAGCAGCAGCUGUUGCCCCUGCCUCCUCCACAGCCACAACAGCAACCGGCAGAGGAAGAGGCAUCAGCAGCACAGCCACUGAUUCCUGUAGCAGCACCAGCAUCAGCCACGGCAGAGAAGAGCUUACCCUCUGCUCCCCUCAACAUCGUCCUGCCCUCAGAGGUGCCAAGCGAGGAGGAUGACUUUAAGCCCCGACCCAUCAUUCCCAUGCUUUAUGUGGUUCCACGGACCAAAAAGGUGGUCUUUGAAAAGGAGCGCAUAUCCUGCCAGCAGGCCUUUGAGCAGUUUGCCACACAAAAAGGCCAGGUUUGGCGGGAGCAGGUGGUCCCUUUGGAGCUCACUGUGAAGGAGGAGGAGAGCGGAGAAGCAGAAAAUGCAGAUGUUGCCACUGAGGUCAGUGACUUACAGGCCACGUCUGCUUUUUUAAAAAUGAAGAUGGAGAUAAAGAAAAGUCGCCGUCACCCACUGGGCAAACCACCAACCCGCUCCCCAUUGUCUGUGGUUAAACAGGAGGCCUCAAGUGAUGAGGAAACGUUUCCAUUUUCCGGGGAGGAGGAUGUGAGUGACCCAGAGGCUUUGAAGUCUUUACUUUCCCUGCAGUGGAAGAAUAAAGCACAUAACUUCCCAGCUGAGCGAAAAUUCAAUGCAGCUGCUGCCCUGAGCGAGCCUUUCUGUGCUGUCUGUACCCUCUUCUACCCUUAUAACCAGUCCUUACAGAUGGAUAAAGAGGCUGUCCAGGUCUCCACAGGGGAGAGCUCCUCCUUGCUCCAGCUUUCAAAGUGUGGACAGAAGACAAAGCCUCUGAUCCCUGAGAUGUGCUUUACCUCAGGCGGUGAAAAUACAGAGCCCCUUCCUUCAAACUCGUACAUCGGAGAAGAUGGAACCAGCCUCCUGAUAUCCUGUGCCAAGUGCUGCCUGCAGGUUCAUGCUAGUUGCUAUGGAAUACGCCCUGAUCUGGUGAAUGAAGGCUGGUCUUGUUCACGGUGCUCAGCCAAUGCAUGGGCAGCGGACUGCUGCCUGUGUAAUCUCAGGGGAGGAGCUCUUCAAAUGACCACUGAUGGAAGGUGGAUCCAUAUAAUCUGUGCUAUCGCUGUCCCAGAGGCCCGUUUCCUCAACGUAAUAGAGCGCCAUCCUGUGGACAUCAGUGCUAUUCCAGAGCAGCGGUGGAAACUGAAAUGUGUGUACUGCCGGAAGCGGAUGAAGAAGGUGUCUGGUGCCUGCAUUCAAUGCUCCUAUGAGCACUGCUCCACUUCCUUCCAUGUGACCUGUGCACAUGCCGCUGGGGUACCCAUGGAGCCGGAUGAUUGGCCAUAUGUUGUGUCCAUCACUUGCUUCAAACAUAAAGCAGCCAACCACAAUAUCCAGUUUCGGAGGGAGGUAUCGCUGGGGCAGACGGUGAUUACGAAGAACCGCAAUGGACUCUACUACAGGUGUAAAGUAAUUGGCAUGACAACGCAAACCUUCUAUGAAGUGAACUUUGACGAUGGCUCUUACAGCGACAACGUUUACCCGGAAAGCAUUACUAGCAGAGACUGCAUUCAGAUGGGACCCCCUCCAGAAGGCGAGUUGGUUCAGCUGCAGUGGACUGAUGGAAUCAUCUAUAAGGCCAAGUUCAUUGCAGCCCAGAUCAGUCAGAUUUAUCAGGUGGAGUUUGAAGAUGGCUCCCAGCUGAUGGUAAAACGUGGUGAUAUUUACACGUUGGAGGAGGAGCUUCCUAAGAGAGUGAAAUCUCGCCUGUCCCUCAGCACUGGGGCCCCUCAGGAAGGAGUGUUUUCGGGAGACGAAGUGAAAGCGGCCAAGCGCCCCCGAGUGGGGAAUUCCAGGAAUCCCGAGGACUAUGGACAGAACCCAGAUUAUUUGGCCUUCAUGGAGACCCUGCUGCAGACGCAGUACCAGCCAGGACCACAGAGCAACAUGUUUUAA